AUGAAUGACGGAUCUAAAGUAACUAAUUCGUGCUACCAAUUGAUCAAAGAUAGUCAUGGCUAUCGGGAUUUGUGGGGAAAAGCGGACCACUUCAUUCUGAAUUACAAAUCCAAGAUCUCUGGGGAUGAAUACCUACGGUUGGUCAAUACCCGAGAGUUUGUGUCAGCUAUACUCGAAAAGUCCAAAAAUGGUGUUGCAGCAUUGCAGCAGAUUAUCAAACACCUUACAUACUAUCACCAAGGAUUGACUGUUGCGACAAAGCAGUGGUGCCAGGCCAUUGACAGAGAGGCAAUAUCACCUAAGGAUUUGGACAAACCCACAUUACCUCGUUAUGAUUCAAUCAUACAGCAGUCAAAUUACUAUAUGACAAAAAACGACAAGGAUUUCGACGCUCUUGUUACUGCUCUGAUGCAUCACGCUUUGUACCGAUUAAUCGCAGUCACAGAUCUAACAAGCAUCCCAGUUACGACCAUCAUCAUCGAAUGUAAGGGCCUACUCAAGAGAUGGACAGCCGGCCCCGAGCCACGAUUCAAGGCUCUACAGAGCAAAGAAUACGAAAAUAAAGGCAACUGGAAGAAACUCGAAGAAUCCAUGGAAAUCCUAGAAAAUUUCAACCAAACACUCGCCUUCCAACUAGAUGAGGCAGGAACCACACUCUACUAUCUCCACCACUCUGUUGCCAGACCAUGGGGAGAGCUGAUCGCAGACACAAGCUACAGAACUACAGCUGAAGAUGUCAUUAAGUUCUGUGAUGGUAUCGUUGCUCACAAGUUCUUGCGCUUUGAGAAGAGAGCAGAGUACGAGAAGUGUGAAAUGAAACCAGAAUUUGUAACGAUCUGUGGAACGAUACUCCAUUCGGGAAUCUCGGAAUUUCAGGCAAAGUUAAAGAAUCUGGAGAUCCUAGGGAAGGCGCUUAUUAAGUUUGAUAUUGCGCAUGGUGGGUCGAAACUUGGGGUGAUGCCAGCGGGUGAAAUGGAGUUUGAGAUCGGUCGGGAAGGGAGAUAA